AUGAAGAACUUCGGCAGUGCGCAGUCUGAACACUCCGGUCUCCAGCUUCGACGGGGGCUCGGAAGAGCACUGGGCAGACGCUGCGCCAAACGCGACCUUGUAGCGAGUCGCGGCCUGAAGCGCCUGAGCGAGCCCUGGGCGCUGAGAACGUCUGCUCUGUGCCUGCAAGAAUAG